AUGCAUAUGGGUGAACUGAAAUUCAAACAAAGACCAAGAGAGGAGCAGGCUGAGUUGGAAGAUGGAAAAGAGGGUGAACUGGCUUGCAAGAUGUUCAACGUGGAUUAUGAGAAGUUUGUCGGUUCGUUAUUGAAACCGCGAGUUAAAGUUGGAACAGAAUGGGUAAAUAAAGGACAAAAUUUGGAGCAGGUUAAUUGGGCAGUUGGUGCUUUGGCCAAAGCUUUGUACGCUAGAAUGUUCUCGUGGCUCAUCAAGAGGUGCAACAAAACCCUAGACGCACAAGAUUUAUCCCGAGACUUUUUCAUUGGAGUGUUGGAUAUUGCUGGAUUUGAGAUCUUCGAUCACAACUCGUUCGAACAACUUUGGAUCAACUUCGUCAACGAGAAACUUCAGCAAUUUUUCAAUCAUCACAUGUUCGUACUCGAACAGGAAGAGUACUCUCGUGAAGGAAUCCAAUGGGAAUUUAUCGAUUUCGGGCUUGAUCUACAAGCAUGUAUCGAACUGAUCGAGAAACCUUUGGGUGUGAUCUCCAUGCUGGAUGAGGAAUGCAUUGUCCCGAAGGCUACGGAUAUGACAUUUGCAUCGAAGCUGAACGAUCAGCAUCUUGGAAAACAUCCAAACUUCCAAAAACCGCGCCCACCUAAGGGAAAACAAUCUGAGGCUCAUUUGGCCAUUGUCCACUACGCUGGCACUGUGCGCUACAACGUUAAGGGAUGGUUGGAAAAGAAUAAGGAUCCUCUCAAUGACACAGCAGUUAGUGUUUUGAAAGCGAAUAAGGACAACCAACUGAUGAUGGAACUUUGGGCUGAUUACAACACCCAAGAAGAAAUUGCUAGUGCUGCCAAAGAGGGCAAGAAGGCUCCUGGCAAAAAGAAGGGAAAAUCUGCAUCAUUUAUGACAGUAUCAAUGAUGUAUCGUGAAUCCCUGAAUAAUCUGAUGCAUAUGUUGCAUCAAACACAUCCACACUUCAUUAGAUGUAUCAUCCCAAAUGAGCAGAAGAAGAGU